AUGUCAGCCGUCGAUAGAAAUCGAGCCCAUACCCCUGAAAUGGAUCUCCUUUCCAAAGCCUACGCAGCCGCUUCCGACGACGAAGACGGAGACGGUGGCGUCGCCGGAGCAGGAUCCCGACACUCGCAUCCUCCACCGCCUCCCAAACGCGUCCGAGGCUCUACUUCAUUCCCAAAUUCCUCACAAAUGCCCGUUUUUCGCCUUCCGAGUUUCCCUGCCGAAGCUCCGAUACCCGGGAGCUACAUAUCUAAGCGACAAAGAGCUUCUUUGGUUUCCGAUCCGACACUGUCCGAACCGAACCCGACUCAUGCCGACCCGUCUCCAGUUGUAGGAAGCCUUUCCGAUUCAGAUUUACCUCAAUGUGUUUUUACUGCCUUGAGGCGCCGCUCGAAGAACGUCGUAGUGUCCAACCAAACUCCUCAGUCACUUUCUGCAGAUCUCAGAGGCCAUACGAAGGCUGUUAAUUCAUUGCAGUGGUCUAAAUCUCAUGCUCAUCUUCUAGCAUCUGCCGGAAUGGAUCAUACUGUUCGUAUCUGGAAUGUAUGGAGCACAGGUCAGAAGCAAGCAAGUGCGUUCAAUAAUCACCACGCGGCAGUUAAAGAUGUGAAAUGGUCAGAACACGGAUUAUCUUUUCUAUCUUGUGGUUAUGAUUGCACUUCACGGUUAGUUGAUGUUGAAAAGGGAAUGGAGAUUAAGGUUUUCAAGGAGAAUCAAAUUGUAGAAGUUGUCAAAUUUUGUCCAGACAACUAUAAUCUCUUUCUCUCUGGGGGGUCAAAAGGUCAACUUAAACUGUGGGAUAUCAGGACUGGCAUGGUGGUCCAUGAAUAUGUACGAAACCUUGGGCCAAUUCUUGACGUGGAUUUCACGGUUGAUGGCAAAUAUUUAAUCACCUCGAGUGAUGUAUCCCAAACCAACCUUAGCGAGAACUCGAUUAUUGUAUGGGAUGUUUCACGUCAAGUUCCGUUAUCCAAUCAGGUCUAUGCUGAAGCAUUCACGUGCCCCUGCAUCAGAUGCCACCCAUUUGAGCCAUACUUCAUUGCUCAAUCCAAUGGAAACUACAUUGCUAUAUUCUCAACAAGACCCCCAUUCAAACUUGACAAGUAUAAGAGAUACGAAAGUCACAGUGUAUCAGGCUUCCCCAUCAAGUGCAAUUUCAGUCCGGAUGGAAAUAUGGUGGCCUCUGGAUCCUCUGAUGGAUGCAUAUACUAUUUCGACUCGAAAUCAUCCAAAUUUCUCAAAAAGGUUAAGGUGUACGAGCAAGCAUGCAUAGAUAUUGUGUUCCAUCCAGUCUUGCACGACGUUAUCGCUAGUUGUAGCUGGAGUGGUGAAGUCUCUGUAUUACAGGCGAGACCUCGCAUGUCCUAA